GUGACACUUGUAAUGGAGAGAGUGGUGUUAUUGUUCGGAUUGGUGGUUCUGGCCACUUCACACGCUAUACCAAUUUCCCCUAAUGUACACGAGGUAUAUGAGAAUGGUGAAGAUGAGAAUCCUAUCUUAAACUUGGGUUCAGAUGCCAACCUGUUUGAGGGGGACAUUUUAAUUCCUGUUGGGAGGAAUGCCCUGAUUGACCAAAGAUACAGAUGGAAGUUUCCAAUCCCUUACAUUCUGGGUGAUGAUUUGGAUCUGAAUGCCAAAGGCUGCGUCCACCAGGCAUUUGAAAUGUACAGGCUCAAGUCUUGCAUUGACUUCAAGCCAUAUGAAGGCGAGAAGACAUAUAUCAAGUUUGAAAAGAGAGGAGGGUGCUUCUCUAGCGUUGGUGACCAGCAGACAGGUCAGAUCCUGUCUCUGGGGCCAGGAUGUGACCACAAGGCGGUGAUUGAGCACGAGCUACUCCAUGCUCUCGGAUUUUACCACGAACAGUCCCGCAUGGACAGGGAUGACUAUGUCAACAUCUGGCUGGACCAGGUUACACCAGGACUUGAACAUAACUUCAACAAAUACAAUGAUGACUACAUCACUGAUCAAAACACUGCAUACGACUACGAGUCCAUUAUGCACUACAGGCCCUUCUCCUUCAAUAAGAACGAAUCCAUCCCCACAAUCACCACCAAAAUCCCAGAGUUCUACAAUAUCAUUGGCCAGUACCUUGAUUUCAGCAAGAUGGACACCCUCAGGCUCAACAGGAUGUACAACUGCUCUGGCCCUCUCACCCUGCUGGAUCAGUGUGCCUUUGAGUAUGCCAAUAUUUGUGGGAUGAUCCAGGCCUCCUCUGAUGAGGUGAAGUGGGUCCAUACCAAGAGCACUGUGGGUGCACAGGAUCACACACUCCUGGGACAAUGCAGAGAUGCUGGAUACUACAUGUACUUCAACACUAUGACUGGGAAGUCUCAGGAGUCUGCUCUGCUCGAAUCCCGAAUCCUCUACCCCAAGAGGACGCUUCAGUGUCUGCAGUUCUUCUACAAGAUGACAGGGAGCCCCAAUGACAGGCUGGUGAUAUGGGUCAAGAUGGAUGAUGGCACAGGCAGAAUGAGGAAAAUACACACGUUUUAUGCGGAUGCUGACCAUACAUGGAAGAUUGCUCAUGUUCCAUUGGAAGUAGGAGUGAAAUUCCGUUAUGUUUUCCAAGCUGUGCGUGGUGAUCCCUCUGCUUCCACUGGCGGCAUCUAUAUCGAUGACAUCAGCCUGACUGAAACGCGCUGUCCCAAUGCCGUGUGGCGAAUUCAGAACUUCUCUAAGAUCAUGGAAACGGCUGACAUCAAUACAGUUAUCGACAGCCCACGUUUCUACAGCCCUGAAGGUUAUGGUUAUGGUGUCCGCAUCAUACCUUUAUCAAGUUACACUGAUUACACGGGCAACUACGCUGGGCUUUACUUUCACUUAGCCAGUGGGGAGAAUGAUGUGGUGAUGCAGUGGCCAGCAGUAAACAGACAGGCCACGUUGGUGGUGAUGGACCAAGACCCAGACAUUAAGCUGAGGAUGUCCUCUGCUCGCAGUCUCACUACUGACAUGACGACAACAUCAGAUGGAAGAUUGUUAUGGGACAAUCCCUCUAAGGUGGGUAAGUACGACCCCUCCUGCGACUGCUACAGAGGAGCAUCAUGGGGCUGGAGGAACUUUAUUAAGCACUUUGACCUCAGGCGACGCAAUUACCUUAAGAAUGAUGACCUCAUCAUCUUCAUCGACUUUGAGGAUAUCACAUCACUGAUCAAAACAGAAGUCCCCAUUAAGCCGGCAGAGUAAAGUCACGUAGGCCUCAGCGCUGGAGAAACUGAAGAAGCAUCAAAUUCAGCUGGGAUGAGAAGAAACACCUGUGAUGAUGAAAAAAGGGGGAUGAAGGAUCAUUGCAGAAUUGAGAUUGUACACAUUCAAUAUGUAAUUGUAGUUGGUGGGGAAUCUG